AUGGCGCUGACCGGGUGCAGCUGGCUGCUGCUCAGUGCUGCGCUCCUGAACGCGAGGGCUGAGAUCUCCAUCGCCCCGGAGCCCGCGCAGCCGGCCGAGGGCGACAACGUCACGCUGGCUGUGCAGGGGCUGGCGGGCGAGGUGCUGGCCUACAGCUGGUACGCGGGGCCCACGCUCAGCAUCACCUACCUGGUGGCCAGCUACAUCGUGAGCACCGGUGACGAGACACCCGGCCCUGCCCACACGGGGCGGGAAGCUGUGCGUGCCGACGGCAGCCUGGACAUCCACGGGGUCUUGCCCGGCCACUCGGGCACCUACAUCCUGCAGACCCUCAACCGGCAGCUCCAGACAGAGGUGGGCUACGGACACUUGCAGGUCUAUGAGAUCCUGGCCCAGCCCACGGUGCAGGCCAACAACACGGAGCUGGUGGAGCGGAGAGACACCCUGCGCCUGGCGUGCAGCAGCCCCAGCCCCGCCGAGGUGCGCUGGUUCUUCAACGGCGAGGCCCUGCCCAUCGCCCUGCGGCUUGGCCUGUCCCCCGACGGCCGGGUGCUGAGCCGGCAUGGCGUGCGCAGGGAGGAGGCAGGAACCUACCAGUGUGAGGUGUGGAACCCGGUCAGCGUCAGCCGGAGCGAGCCCAUCAAGCUGACCGUGUACUUCGGCCCGGAGCGCGUGGCCAUCCUACAGGACUCCACCGCCCGCACGGGCUGCACCAUCAAGGUGGACUUCAACUCGUCUCUCACCCUGUGGUGCGUGUCCCGCUCCUGCCCCGAGCCCGAGUACGUGUGGGCCCUCAACGGGCGGGCCCUAAAGAACGGCCAGGACCACCUGAACAUCAGCGGCAUGUCGGCAGCCCAGGAGGGCACCUACACCUGCAUCACCAAGAACCCCAAGACCCUGCUGUCCGGCUCGGCCUCCGUGGUGGUCAAGCUCACCGCGGCAGCUGUCACCAUGAUGAUCGUGCCCGUGCCCGCCAAGCCGUCGGAGGGCCAGGACGUGACGCUCACCGUGCAGGGCUACCCCAGGGACCUGCUGGUCUAUGCCUGGUACCGCGGGCCUGCCUCCGAGCCCAACCGGCUGCUCAGCCAGCUGCCGUCGGGGAACUGGAUUGCGGGCCCCGCGCACACGGGCCGCGAGGUGGGCUUCGCCAACUGCUCGCUGCUGGUGCAGAAGCUGAACCUCACGGACGCCGGCCGCUACACGCUCAAGACCGUGACGCUGCAGGGCAAGACUGACACCCUGGAGGUGGAGCUGCAGGUGGCCCUCAGCCUCCCUCGCUCCCUCGAGGACCGGCGCCACCUUCCCGGACCCGACCCCGGCACAGGCUGA